GUAGCUGCUUAGUCUGACAAUGUACAGAGCUAUUUCGACCUACCAUGGUCUAGGAGACAAGCGUCGUAGUGUCGUUAUUAAAAAGUCUUCGUGUGAUAUCUGUUUAGCAUUAACGUUUUAGACUAGGUCAAGUGUCUCUACUUCAACGUACGCUAGCAUCUAGCUAUGCAGACCAGAUACUUCUAGCCAAUAAAGACCUAACCUAACAAGCUGAACAGACCUCCUGUCAGCGAAAAUGGCCACGGCGAGCAACAUAGUGGUGGGGUCGUACGUGUGGGUGGAGGACGCCCAGCAGGCAUGGAUGCCGGCCGAAGUGCUCCGAGUAGACAGCAAGACGGUCACCGUCAGGAUUGGACGGAAAGAGGCCACCUUGAAGUUGUCGCACGUGCAUCCCAAGGACCCCGACGCGCCGAGCGGCGGCGUGGACGACAUGACGAAGCUCGCGUACCUGCACGAGCCGGGCGUGCUCAGCAACCUCGCCACGCGAUACGGCUUAGACGAGAUCUAUACAUACACGGGCAACAUCCUGAUUGCCGUGAACCCGUUUCAGCGCCUGCCGCAUCUGUACAGCGCGCACAUGAUGGAGCAGUACAAGGGCGUGCGCCUGGGCGAGCUCAGCCCGCACGUGUUCGCCAUCUCCGAAACAGCAUACAGGGCCAUGCUGGACUAUGGCGAGAGCCAGUCCAUCCUGGUGAGCGGGGAGAGCGGGGCGGGGAAGACGGAGACAACGAAGCUGAUUAUGCAGUACCUGGCGUACAUGGGCGGGCGCGCUACAGAGGGGAGAUCAGUGGAGGCUCAGGUGCUCGAGUCCAAUCCUCUUCUCGAAGCCUUUGGAAACGCCAAGACUGUCAGAAAUAACAACUCCAGCCGGUUCGGCAAGUUUGUGGAGAUUCAAUUUGAUGCCGAGGGGCGAAUAUCCGGAGCAGCCGUGCGGACUUAUCUGCUGGAGCGCUCCAGAGUGGUGCAGAUCUCUGACCCCGAGCGCAACUACCACUGCUUCUACCAGCUGUGCGCUGGUGCCACCCCUGAGGAGGUGCAACGGCUGAAGCUCGCCCCGCCAGAGUCGUUUCACUACCUGAACCAGAGCUCGUGCUUUGAGCUCACCGGGUACAGCAACAAUGCGGACGAGUAUGCCGCAACUCGGCGCGCCAUGGACGUUGUGGGGCUCAGCCAAUUCGAGCAGGACGCCAUAUUCCGUGUGGUGGCAGCCAUUCUGCACCUGGGGAAUGUAUCCUUCGCCCCGGGCAAGCAGCCAGACUCGUCCAAGGUGUCGGGCGACAAGUCAAAGUACCACCUUGAGGCAGCAGCCGAGCUACUCAUGUGUGACCGGAGAGCUCUGCGGGAGUCACUGAUAACGCGCACGCUGGUCACACGGGAUGGCAACAUCAAGAGGGAGCUGGACCCGGCAGCAGCAGUGAUCAGCAGGGACACGCUGGCUAAGACCAUCUACUCCAAGCUCUUUGACUGGCUGGUGCACAAGGUGAACGUGUCGAUCGGCCAGGACCCCAACGCCAAGUCCAUCAUCGGUGUGCUUGAUAUCUACGGCUUUGAGAGUUUCCAAGCCAACAGCUUUGAGCAGUUUUGUAUCAACCUGGCAAACGAGAAGCUUCAACAACACUUCAACCAGCACGUGUUCAAGGCCGAGCAGGAGGAGUAUGAGAGCGAGGCCAUUGACUGGAGCUACAUCGAUUUUGUCGACAACCAAGAUGUGCUCGAGCUCAUAGAAAAGAAGCCAAUGGGAAUCAUCGCUCUCCUGGAUGAGCAAUGCAUGUUCCCCAAGUCCAACCACGAGACAUUCGCCACAAAGCUCUACCAGACAGUGGGCGCUCACCAGCGGUUCGACAAGCCCAAGCUGUCCCAGACGGACUUCAGCAUCGAGCACUACGCAGGCAAGGUGACCUAUCAGACCGACCUCUUUCUAGAGAAGAACAAGGACUAUGUGGUCAUGGAGCACCAGGCGCUGCUGGGCGCCUCAGAGGACCCCUUUGUGGCGGCGCUCUUCCCCAUGCCGUCUGGGGAUAAGGCCAAAACCAAGUUCACCUCUCUUGGCUCUGGGUUCAAGCAACAACUGGCAGAGCUGAUGUCGACGCUAAGCCACAUGGAGCCCCACUACGUGCGGUGUGUGAAGCCAAAUGGUCACUACAAGCCAGGGUAUUUUGAGAACCCCAGCGUCAUUCACCAGCUCAGAUGCGGGGGUGUCCUGGAGGCCAUUCGAAUCAGCUGUGCAGGGUACCCCACUCGCCGCCCCUUUGACGAGUUUCUGGACAGAUUCUCAGUUCUGGCGCCUGAUCUGUGUGAUGGAAGAAGAUACGACGACAAGACUGCUGUUACCCUAAUGCUGCAGCGACUAGGGUUCAGCAACUUCCAGGUGGGCAGGACCAAGGUGUUUCUGCGAGCAGGCCAGAUGGCGGAUUUAGACGCGUUGAGGGCGGAGAGGCUGGGGUGGGCUGCGCGGGUGAUCCAGCGGGCGUGGCGGUCGUGGCGGCAGUUCAUGCAGUACAACAUGCUGCGAUGGGCCGUGAUCCGAAUGCAGGCGCGGUGGCGAGGUCACCUGACCCGGCAGUACUACAGCUGGCUAAGGGAAGAGGCAGCAGCGAUCACAAUCCAGAAGCACGUGCGGCGCUACACCACGCAGCUGGCGUACGAGCACACGCGCUACAGUGCCAUCAUCAUCCAGGCGGCGUUCCGCGGCAUGGUGUGCCGCAGAUGGGUGCACGUGCUGCGCGUGCAGCGGGCGGCAACGAGGAUUCAGAGCGCGUGGCGGGGCUAUGUGGUCCGAAUGGACUAUCUGCGUGUGCGCUGGAGUGCCGUGGUCAUCCAGAGUGCGUGGAGGGCGAGGCAGGCGAGGCGGCUGCUCAGACAUUUGAGAGUGGAGGCAAGGCAAGCAGGGGCCCUGCGGGAGGCAAAGUCGAAGCUGGAGAAGCAGCUGGAGGAACUCACCUGGCGGCUGCAACUGGAGAAGCGAAUGCGGCUGGAUCUGGAGGAGGCAAAGGCAGCAGAGAUCCAACGGCUGCAAGCGGAAGUGGAAGAUCUGCGGACCGAGCUCGAGGACACAAGGAGCAGACUAGAGGGCGAGUUGGGCGACACCAAGCGACAGCUGGAGGAAUUUCAGGGGCGACUAGACGAGGCGCAGGGGAGGCUGGAGGAGGCCCAGGGGAGAUUAGAGCAGGCGGAGGGGGAGGUGCGGCAGCUGAGGGAGCAGGGCGAGCGGAUGGCAGAGGAAAGUGCGAGGCUGGCGCAAGAACUGGCAGAUAGACCAGUGGUGACUGGUGGUGCGGCUGCUGUCGGUGCUGCUUCUGCUGCUAGUGGGGGUGAUGGAAGCGUGGUGUCUGCCGGGGGGGCGGCUGCUGCUUCCGUCUCAUCAGGGUCGUCUGCAAGAAUAGCUGGGGAUGGUCAGCUGCAGCAGGAGAACGUGCAGCUCAAGUCGCUGCUGGCAGAGUCGGAGGAGAGACUGGCUCGCUAUGAGGCAGAAGUGGCAGGGCAGGUGCAGGAGAAAGCAGCGAGGAGUGAGAAGGAGUUGGAGCAGACACAAGCGGACCUGAGGAGAGUGCAGGAGCUCUACUCGCGCAUGGAGCGAGAGAACCAGGCGCUGCGGCAGCAGCAGGCCCUCUCAGGCACAGACAGAGGAGGAGGAGGGAGAAGUGGCGAGCAAGGAGCAGUAGCAGGGCUGGGAGGGGCAGCGGCUCAGCAGAACGGACUGUCCCCAAGCCUGAGCUUCGGAUCGCCGAGCCAGAGCCAGGGGUCGCCGGGCCAGAGGCUCGGGAAGGGGUCGUUGCCAGACUCCCCUGCGCCGUUGGCCCUGACCCCGGCCAGUGGGAAUGGGAGCCUGGGGGUGGUGGGGCUGUCGCCGCUGGGGAGUGGGUCUGGGGAAGGAGGGGAGAGCAGACGAUUCUUGCGAUUGCACUCUGAGAGACACACGCAAGAGCAGGAGGCGUUGCUGAAGGCUCUAUCCACCACCAGUUUUGGCUACAGCAACAAGCGGCCCCUAGCUGCCUGCAUAGUGUACAAGUCGCUGCUGCACUGGCGGGCGUUUGAGGCCGAGCGAACCGGCAUCUUUGACCGGAUCAUACGCACUAUCAGAGCAGCUAUUGACGAGGAUGAGGGGGCUCUGGCGGCGCAAGGGAUAGGGGAGAUGGGAGGGGGGGUGAUACUGGGGGGUGGGGGGGCUCUGGGGAGUAAGAGCAUGGGGCGGCUGGCAUACUGGCUGUCGAACACGUCGUGCCUGCUGGUGCUGCUGCAGCGGACGCUCAAGGCCAGUGGGACUCAAGGGGGGGCGGGAGGGAGGCGGAGAGCUGGGCAACCCGGGGGAACUAGUGGCAGAUUGCUGCAGAUGGCCCACUCGUCUCCCCCUCUACCUGACAAGGGGAGCUCGCUUAAACUGGUAGAGGCAAAGUACCCCGCGCUGCUGUUCAGGCAGCAGCUGACUGCAUAUGUGGAGAAGGUGUUUGGACUCAUUCGGGACAACCUCAAGAGGGAUAUAUCUCCAAUCUUGGGGCAGUGCAUCCAGGCUCCGCGUGUCUCCCGCUCCUCGUACGGCCGGCAAACUACGUCUCCUGGCAGCGCGGCGGGCGGCGGACUGCAGCAGUCGAGCCCGUGGCAUGCCAUAAUUGCGGCGCUGACCACUCUGCUCAACACGCUCAAGGGCAACCACGUGGCUCCCUUCUUGAUCAGAAAGAUGUUUGCCCAAGUCUUCUCCUUCAUCAAUGUGCAGCUCUUCAACAGCCUCCUAUUACGCCGCGAGUGCUGUUCGCUAAGCAACGGCGAGUACGUGAAGGCGGGGCUGCUGGAGGUGCAGCAGUGGAUGCGGGAGGCGAGUGAGGAGAACACUGGGCGCGCGUGGGAGGAGCUGAGAAGCAUCACUCAAGCGGUUGGCUUUCUGGUGCUGCACCAGAAGCCUAAGAAGAGCUUAGAGGAGAUCGUCACCACGCUCUGCCCAUCUCUAUCAACGCAGCAGCUGUACCGCAUUGCCACCAUGUACUGGGACGACAAGUACGGCACGCACACCGUCAGCACGCAGGUCAUUCAGAUGAUGAGGAUGAGGAUGAGCGAGGAGGCGCGGUCGCCCGCUGCCAGUGGUUCUUUCCUGCUGGAUGAUGACUCGAGUAUUCCUUUCGGCCCGGACGAUUUUGCUCGCAGCAUGGAUGACAUUGACAUUGUGGCCCUCCCGCUGCCUCCGCCUCUCAGAGAUAACCCCGCCUUCCACUUCCUCACGUCUCGAGCCUAGGGACCUGCCGUACAGGUCCUCACCGCAGAGUCUUAUUAGGUACCAUCCUUCUCUUUCUCCAACUCUGGGGCAAUAAAUGCACCCGUCUAACUAAGCCCUCCCAGCUUGCGUAUAACUUUGUGCCUGGGAGGCGCUCUUUCGCGCCUCUUGAUCUGGAAAUCAUCCAGAUCGCAGUAAAUAUACUUGGUUUUCCCGCCUUGCUAACCCCCACUAACUGACUGACCCAACUCUUUGGCGGGCUACAUGGUAAUAACUAGGAUUUUUUUUUUUAGCACCGCGUGUGCAACUCAUAAGCGACGUCUCUAUAGAGCAGUAAAACGUUUGAUGUAGAGUGUUCUUAUAAUGAAAGGGGCUCUCGGCUCG